UCGACCAUGGCUAAGACUUUGUUACUACUUAGCUACUACAAAUGAAGUUUCAUCUAUUUAUGGUUGACUUAGACAAUUCACAGACUUUUAAAACCUUAAAGUUUGUAUUGUGAUUAGAAUCUUACAGCGUUAAAUUUAGUGAACCCUGAUUUGGAAUGUCUAUCAACAAGGUGAAAGCCGUAGGUUAUCCGUUGGCUGCAGUGUUUGAUGCAAAUGAUCAAAAAAGUUUUCGGAUGUUGAUUUUGUGGCUCGAGGAAAACGUAUUACAUACUCAUGUACCAGAGAAACGAACAGAGUUACAGAAUGUUGAUUCUCCUUCUUGGGACACAGCAUUCAAAAACUAUUGUGUGUCAUGUUCUAGUCCAAUUAAAUCUACCGAAGCUAUGGAUCAGCUGGAAUGGUUAUUAGGCGUGGCAAUUCGACUAACAUACAAUAAACAAAAACAUAAAUUUGAUAAUGAAACAAAAAAAACACUGGAAGUUUCUACUGAUGUUCCAAUGAUUAUACCAUCCGAUAACCCAAUUGAUAAUCUUGAUGUAAACAGUAGUGAUUUCAAGGAAGGUAUUGAGAAACUAGCGGACUUACUAAAUAUUUCCAAGCAUCCAGAUCACAAAAUUACAUUAGAAGCUAUUCAUAAAUUUGUCAUUAAAAGGCUCAAUGAAGAAGCAAUUAAUAAUCCAUCAUCGAUAUUACCUAAGGGAGAAGCUUUUCCUUUAGAAAAAGUAAAAGGUCAUAAAAUUGAAUCCAAAGAUUCAGCUGUUCUACACGCAAUGAAGGUCUUGAGGUUGGCACAGUUGCAUAGGUUACGCGAUCUUCAGACAUGUAUUAACGAAUGUAUAGUAGCUAUGCAAGAAGUUACUUCUGAUCCAAAAACAGAUACAAAAUUAGGGAAAGUGGGAUAUUGAAUAUCAAAUUCUUUUAAAUAAUUUAUUUAUUUAUUAUCGUAUUUAAUCAAACUGUAAAAUAUAUGUCAAUGGUAAAAAUGUCGUCUGUACAAAUAAUGGGCAUUUUAAAUUAUUUGUACUUUUAUUUCUGUGUCUAUAAAUUUCGUCACAGUGAAUUACACUCAGGCAUCGUUUAGAAAUAAUGUUUUAAAAUAGAAUCUUUUUUUUAAUGCUAGGUAGACUUAUAUUGGAAUUUUUAUAUUUUAGUUAAUAACAUAAACAACAAUUCUAAAAAAAUAAUGAUUUAUCCAAAUUUAAAGUUUUUCUAAUUCAUCACUAUAUUAAUAGUUAUUAACAGAUUGACUCAUUAAAGAGUUCAGAUUCCUUAAAAACAAUAUUAUUAUUAGUAAUUAUCAAUUUAAAAAUGAAUUAUUACAAUUUAUUUCAACACAAUUAAUCAUGCAGUUAAAUAGAAACCAAUAAACUUAUUAACUUGGUUAAUAUGAUAUGUAUUAUACAUAAGUUAACUAUUAAGCAAACAUUAUGCAUUAUUUGAUAAACAAUUGUUGGUUUGUUUUCUUUUACCAUACUUUUUUUAUUGAUUAUAAACCGUUUAAAAACUUUUUAUAUUACAAUCUUAACUUAGAAAUGUAAACUGUUAUUGUUUACUAAAAAUGUGGCAGUCAAAAUUGAAACAAUCUUCAUUUUUUAAAAAUAGCCUUUUACAACUAUAUUUAUAUGAUUAUUCAAUUGUGUGCACAUUGCUGUUGACUACAUUGACUCCUUGGAGAGUAUUGUUAUACAGUAAGCCAUACAUUUACUAAUGUGACUUAUUAUCUUUCGUAAUUCAUCUUAAUUUUUUAAAACAUUGAAUGGGUUAAAAUUUAUGAGAAACUAGUAUUGAUUUUAAGAAAGUUCUUGGUGUAAUGUGACUUUUUUUUAUAAAAAAUUUACAAUCUAUUCUUAAUUUAAAUAAUAAGCAAGUAAUGUGACUUACUAGUCAAACUGGUGCAUACAUUUUAGUUUUUUUACAAUUAUCCUUGAAAACAAAAUUGGUAGUCAAUAAAUUGUCAAUUAAUAGGAUCCUAACAUAUUCAUUAUAUCAAAUGAAUAUAUAUUUUUACAGAUUAAAAAAAAAAAUAGUGUCUUAAGUGAUUAUAUAGUUUUAAGUUUUUUGCUAAUAUAUUACAUUAUACACAUUUUAUAUACUACUAUUAACUAUUAAUUAGUGCCUAUUACUUCUAAGUGUCAGGAAUCUUACCUUAAAAAAAAUGUUAUUUUUAUCUUUAUAAGUUUGAACAAAAUACAACCAAGGGAACCCAACCAUUGAGAAUCCAUAACCAGUAACCACUAUAAAUACUGAUAUUACAUUUUUAGUCAUUAAAAAAUAUCUAUCAUAAUAGCUUUAAUUAUCUUACAAAUAAUGUUUGGAAAUUUCAAAAUACAUUUUUUAGCAUCAGUUAAUUCAAAUUAGUCCAGUUAAUUCAUGUGUCAAGUAUCUUUAAUUUUCAUGAUUCCUUGUGGAUCCAAAACGACAUUUGUACAGUACAAUCCAUGCAUACUUGCAGUUUCAUGCUCAGUUUUUUUGAAAUGGGAGGAGGGAUAUUCGUGGUGGCCAUUAAUAUACUUUUAUUGCUUUAUCAUAUAAAUAUUUUAUGUAUUAUAUGACAAAGGGAGGCUUGAAAUAAUAUGAUAUACCCUCAUCCUGCGCUACCCAUGAGCACACCCACUGCUAGGAAGGAAUGCAUUCAAAGGAACUAGUUCUAAUGAUUUCAUUCAAUUUUCAGGAACCUAAUUUGAACCCAAGUAAUAAAGUUAGUCCAAUCCUUUGGCUGGGCCCUCAAUGAUUGACACUCUCUAACCCUCCCAGAAGUUGCACCACUAUUUUCAUGUCUCAAAAAUCAAGACAAAUGUAUACAGUUACUUAAUUUAGUUACGAUUAUUACAAUUACUAAAAAUAAUAUUUAUUGAGAUUUAAUGUGCAUUCAAUUGUUAUUGAAGUGGAGGAAUUAACUCCACAUUCCUUUCAAUUUCCCUCCCCCCUUUAAUAAAAACCUGAGGACCCCACUGAGUGCAACACAAGUAAAAAAUAGUAAAAUAUUUUAACAGUAACUAUUGAAUAUUGAUUCCUAACUUAUGGUAUUUUAUAUCUGUAGACUAACGGCCCAACAAUAUUUUAUAAUUUGUUCUUUCGUGAAAUGUACCCAUUUAUUUUUUAUAAGUAUAGAAGUUACAUACUAGUAUUAUAGACUAUAGUAGUAUAGUACAUUAAGAUUAUUAUUUCUUAAAUGUCCUUUUAGUAUCAAAAAUAAGUGUUAAAGUAUGUAUUAUUUACUGGUUAUUAUUUAUCAUGUAUUCACCCACUAUGUAUUGUAUUUAAAUCUUUACCUCUGAUUACCUCUGAUUUUUUAAAUAAAGAUGCCUUGGUGUACAUAGUUUUAACAAAAAAAAUUGAAAAUAAAGGUUGGUACGUUUGAUAAAUUAUGGGAACAAUAAAUACAAUUAAAACCAUUUUAAAUUGCCUUUUAUGCCUUUUUAUAUUAUAUUUAUUAUUCACAAAUUAAUUUUACUUGGAUUCUAAGUACCUUCCUACCUACUGCCUAGGUAUUAUUAUGUAAUAUGUACCUAUAUCAAU